UCCGGAUGAACUUCGCGCAAAUGUUGCGCUGCUUUAUGAGCGUAUUGCUUUUGCGCUCUUCCUUGAGGGGAACAAACAUGACAAUAUUGAAAGCCUAUCCUGCCCACGUGACAUGGUUCCUUCCUCCAACAGGCUUGAUUCAAAUGAUCUUCAGCAACCUUUGCGGGAAUGCGAUAACGAAUCAAGUCUGAAUCAAGUCUGUCGGAAGGAAGGAGACAUCGAAAACGGGCUCGACAGAGUGGCUCUCGGGGACAGGGGUUUCUGCGGCAACGUUGGCCGGCCUUGUGCGCAUGCGCACGCACUUGGUCCAAAGUUUGGGCUGGGAGUGGUAGCAUUAGCAUUAGCUCCGCGAGCUUAGCAACCAACCGGAGUGUAAUGGCGGCCUCGGUGUUGUUGGGCACUGCGGCGGACAACACCGGAUUCGGCUUUGCGGUGGGAGGCGGCGGCGGUACCGGUGCCGGCGCGGGAAGCGUCCUCGUGGCCUGUAACAACGGCCUGGUGUCGGUAGCGGGCCCGGUGCCGUGGAACCGUUCUCUGGAGCGGGCUCUGGACGAAGCCUCGGCCACCGGCUGCCUGAACCUCAGCGGCAGGAAGCUCAAGGAGUUCCCCCGCGGCGCCGCCAACCACGACCUGACCGACACCACCCGGGCCGACCUGUCUCGGAACCGCCUGUCGGAUCUUCCGCCGGAGGUGUGCCUGCUGGUAUCGCUGGAGAGAUUGGACGUCUACCAGAAUUGUUUGCGAUCUCUGCCCGAUCACAUGAUCAACCUGCAGGCCCUCACCUACCUGAACCUCAGUCGCAACCAGCUGUCGGCGCUGCCGGUGGUGCUGUGCGGUCUCCCGCUGAAGGUUCUGAUCGCGUGCAACAACAAGCUGGUGGCGCUGCCUCAGGAAGUGGGCCAGCUGAGGCAUCUGACGGAGCUGGAUGUCAGCUGUAACGAGAUCAGGACGCUGCCGUCUCAGGUUGGCCGGCUGGAGGCGCUGAGAGACCUGAACAUCAGGAGGAACCACCUGGUGGCCCUUCCUCCAGAGCUGGCCGAGCUGCCGCUGGUUCGUCUGGACUUCUCGUGUAACAAGGUGACGUCCAUCCCGCUAUGCUACACGCGCCUGUCGCAGCUGCACACCAUGGUGCUGGACAACAACCCGCUCCACACGCCGCCCGCGCAGAUUUGCAUCAAGGGCAAAGUUCACAUCUUCAAGUUCCUCAACAUGGAGGCCAGCAAGACGAGCCUCGACCUCCCGGAAUACGACAGACGAACUUUGAACUUCGGAUCCUGGUCUGAACUCGCCACGGGUGCCCGCGCACGACCGCGUUCUCAGUCCCUCACUUCUGACAUCCUGCCGGCCUUCCAAAAUAAGAGCCUCAUGUGCUGCUGCUUGUCUAUGUGUGCCCGCCACAUUAGCGUCGAUGAGCUGUACCCCGGUCGGCCCUACGGAACGUUGGAUUCAGGCUUCAACAGUGUGGACAGCGGAGACAAAAGAUGGUCCGCAAAUGAGGAGCUGUCAGAAGCUCCCGCUCGGGACGUCCACAAAGAGCCGAAGCGAGUGUCGGCGCGCUCCCUCCUGCUGGCCAACGGGACACACGAGCCGGAGCAGAUGGACUUCAUCAACGGCGAGGAGGGGGAAGAGGAGGAGGCCGGCGGCGCGGCGGGGGGAGAGCGAGGAGCGGGAGAAAGGGCCAGCCUCAGCUCGCAGUUCAUGGCCUACAUCGAGAGACGCAUCGGCAAUACGGGUUCUCCAGGCAAAGCCGUCUUCUCCAGAACAGACGACUCCAGACAAAGGCAGAGCAGGAGCGCGGCGGACGAUGCCCCGGCGUCUCCCGGUGACCAAAUUCAGAGAGGCGUGGAGCGGAUGAGGCGAGAGGCUCGGCUGGCCGCCCUCAGGUACGACGAGGAGCGACACAGGACGCGCCCCCCGCAGAGAGAUGCCAAGAGUCCGAACGAGCCCAGUCCGGAAGCCAAGAACAUCUACCCCUGUCGACGCUCCACCCACACGGAUGACUCUGCCCUCUUCAUGGGCGAAGAGCGAGGCGGCCUUUCGCCAAGCGCCGGUCCCGCCCACCCGGGCUCGGGGGACGCCGCCGCCCGUCGCGGCGCCGGCGUGCGCCCGGAGAGCUUCCUGUAUCGCCUCAGCCAGCGCGAAGAAAAGAGGAGGGGCGACGCCCCCGGCCCCGCCCCCGCCUCCGCUCAGCACCCGCAGGAAGCCGCCUCGGCCGCGCUGGGACACGACGCCCAACUGGUGGAGCAGCUCCGGAAGAAUAUCGAGGGCCGGCUGAAGGUGACGUUGCCCGGUGACCUGGGGGCGGCGCUGACGGACGGCGUGGUCUUGUGUCACCUGGCCAACCAUGUGCGGCCGCGAUCGGUCCCCAGCAUCCACGUGCCCUCCCCCGCCGUGCCCAAACUGACCAUGGCCAAAUGUCGGCGGAACGUGGAGAACUUCCUGGAGGCGUGUCGUCGGAUGGGCGUGGCUCAGAGUGACUUGUGUCUUCCCCUUCACAUCCUGGAGGAAGAGGGGCUCCCCCAGGUGGCCGCCACCGUCAGCGCGCUUCUCCACUUGGCCCCUCCGAGACACGGCGUCGCCACCGCCGCGAUGACGACCCCCUCCCCUGGCAUGUAGUCGACGUGCGAAGAUCCGCCAUCUUGAUGCCCUCGUUGGCGUUGGCGUAGGCCUACCGCAAUUUCGUGUCUACGUUUUCGUUGGUUUUUUGACUUGACGCGCUUGUGUGCGUGACGUCACACCAUCGACAUAACACGACCCGGCGCUACAAUCGCUGACCUCCUUUUUGCUAACACUAGUGACAACACAAACGUUUCACGUUUGCUUUUUAGUACAGAAGCGUAUUGCUGUCGCGUUUUAAGUUUGACUUGACCUUCGCCCAAAAGCCGUUUCUUUCAGUCCAAGCCACUGGUGGAGCUCUCACGUGUCUUUUUUUUUUUUAACACUUACUCUUAUUUAUUUUGUUUUAUUUUAUAUGCGGUAUUAUAGAAGAGCAGCUGGUCACUAUUUCUAAGACCAAAAAAAAAAAAAACAUACUCGGCCUGCCACUAGUCUGGCUGUCAAAACGUGAUCGGUUUCACAUUAUGACCUAACAAGUGAUAACUUCUCAUGGUGAUAGGGUGUUUUCAUGUGAAACUUAAGGCGUGAAAAGAAUAUCUUCACGUGAAACGUGACAUUUUGCCAUGAAAUUAGUCACAUAAAAAUGUGAAAUUUAGGCGGCCCGGUAGUCCGGCGGUUAGCACGUCGGCUUCACAGUGCAGGGGUACCAGGUUCGAUUCCAGCUCCGGCCUCCCUGUGUGGAGUUUGCAUCUUCUCCCCGGGCCUGCGUGGGUUUUCUCCGGGUGCUCCGGUUUCCUCCCACAUUCCAAAAACAUGUGUGACAGGCUAAUUGAACACUCUAAAUUGUCCCUAGGUGUGAGUGUGAGUGCGAAUGCUUGUUCGUUUCUGUGUGCCCUGCGAUUGGUUGGCAACCGAUUCAGGGUGUCCCCCGCCUACUGCCCGAAGACAGCUGGGAUAGGCUCCAGCACCCCCCGCGACCCUAGUGAGGAUCAAGCGGCUCGAAAUAUGAAUGAAAAAUGUGAAAUUGAGCAUGUUAUAAAUUGAUCAUGUUUUUUUUUCUUUUAGUUUGCCAGCAAUACGUUUCUGUAUGUUAGCAACUAGCGUGGGGGAAACAGUUAGCCAAGGAACUGACAUUUCGGCGUUGCGUAUGUCUUCUUGAUUGGCACGUAGUCAUCUGUGCGAUGAACGUAGCUAUUUUCUUCGUAGUAAAUUGUUAGUCGCAGCGAGUGCAAUUUAUUGCGAAAACGUGGACUGAAUCAGACUAAAACAAUAAAAUUGAAAUGUAUCUGAAUUUGUGCGAUUGGCUGGCAAAGUGAGAUCGCGCUAGCUCAACGCGUGCAAUGCUAACUUAUGCUAUUGUAAAGAUGCGGCUGUGUCGGAUUUUUUUGUUUUGUUUUGUUUUGUUUUUUUGUCCCCGUCACAUUUUUUGUGUCUCAUUUUGCACCUUGUUUUGUUUCUCAUCUUGUUCGCUUGUACCAACGCCCGGGGCGCAGAUCACAGCCUCGCUUGUCGGUCACGUGAUGGCGUCGGGCUCCUUGUUGCGUUGUGGGACAUUUGAUGGAUGAGGCUGCGCCGUCUGCCUUUUUGUGUACAAAUGUAUUGUGUAAAUACAAAGCGUGUGUAGAUGUGUAUAUAAAGAUGACGCGGCCUUUCUGCCUACACGUCCCCUGGUGACGUUUUACGUGUUGCAAACUCGGUAUGCGAUUCUCGCAGGCUCCAUACGAAGUGUGUAAGAGGAGAGUUGGUUACCACGGCAACGGUCGAACUUCCAGGAAAAUUCCACUUUUUUUUUAAAUGCGAACGUGUUGGACACCUUUUCACUUAUUUGUCUCUUGCUGUUAAAAAAUAAAUAUUGGAAUAUA